AUGGCCGUUGAAAAUAUGCAGUCGAUUUUACAUCACAAUUCCAGCGGAGUUAAAGCCUUUAGUGGAAAUUUAAAGACAAGGGAAGUCCACAAGGCGAUAUCUUUGCACCCUGUAAAGAAACCGCCCCUGAUGUACAGGCUGCACGCUUACAUACUCAGUCUGGACAUUCAGCACGAGCAACAGAAAAGAAUCGAUCUGCACAUGGACCUUGCAAAAAUGUCUUUGGCUGUCCAGAGUUACCCAGAUAAGCAGCAGACACAUCCUGAAUGGAACGUAUUAGGUGCCGAAUCGAGCCUGAACCGAUACUACCCGAGGCGAGUCGAAGACGUCAUCAGCUGGGAAUUCAUGUCAAAAUCCUUGUUUUCUCAUACACAUUCGAAUCCUAAACGCAGAAUGGAGGCCAAUAUUCGAGAAGGACUCAACGACGUUGUCAGAGAGGUGAUGGAGAACAUAAACACUUAUUCGAGACAGCGUGGAAGGAUAAUUGAAUUUCGUGAACUUUUAUACGGUUACCAGAGACUGGAUCUUCUGGAUGGACAUGACAUGAUUUUAGAUUUAUUGCUUGUCUAUAAAAAGUAUCGAGGAAAAAAGAUGACGGUGCCUGUGAGGAGACACGCCUAUAUACAGAGGACUUUUGCAGAGUUGGAGAUCCGAGAAACCUACACGGACAGCAUAAAAUUGAACUCUUACAUCGACUUCCCAUGAUGACUGGAGAGUACGAAAUGGAAUCUUUCUACAAUUCAGGAAACCUGGCAAUACCUCAUCCCAGAAC